AAAAAACAGUCUCAAACUAUACUUCCUUUUGUUCCCUUUCUCUCUUUUUAUUUUGUCUUUUAUCUUUUAUUUACCUUCCAUCACAAAUGGGCUUGCUAGAUUCGGACACAAAGAAUGUCAGACUAGAUUUUAUAUUUUCGCAUAACGGUGGCUUGAACGAUGCAUUUUACUGUGAGGAUAAACCAAACUCAAACACUUCUCAAGAUAGAGAAAAGACCAAGAACUUAAGAGAACAAGCAUUGACUUUUUGGAUGUCUCUCUUACCUUACGAAGAAUGCAUUAAAUAUAUCACAGCCGUAACCUGCCAAUUUAAUAAGCUCAAACUGCAAAUUAUCGGUACAAAGCUUAUUGCAGGUGUAAUACUUCACUCAGUCUUGAAAGUAGUCAGAAUUCCAAAUACUGAUCAAGAAGGAACUUCAGUUGCUGAAUAUUUAGCUGCCGUUAUAUCAUUAGUGGUAUGAACUUUUAUACUGAAUCUAUUUCUUGAAUAUAAUUUCUCAUGUAUUAUUUGUAUUUUAAUUAUAGAGAAUAGUAAUUCAAAACUUUGAAAUAAUUAGGCUAAUUACUGACAUAGCUAAAGAAGACGAUUUAGUCUUCCUUUCUUCUACCCUGACUCCUGAUACAUGUUAUCGAGAAGAUUCGCCAUACUCACAAAGCUCACAAAGCUCAAGCUCAAGCUCAAGCUUAUUAUCUCAAGAUUGGGAGACCGGGGAGAGGAAAAUCCGAAUAAUGCAAAAAAUUGAUGCUGCCAUUACUGAUUUUAAUGAAAACAAUGAAUAUUUGACUUAUUCCUGGGAAGAUAUUGUCUAUCUUCAGGAUAAUAAUACUUCUGUAUAAUUGUUCUAUUUUUU